CAGAAGCAGGAGGCGGCAGCGGCGGCGGCGGAGUGGGCGGUGGAGGAGGUGGAGGAGGAGGAGGAGGACGCACGGGCUGGAGGAGGCGGCGGCGGCGGCGGCAGCGGCGGCGGCGGCUGCUGCUGCGGCUGCGACUCGGCGCUUUGAGCCGGAACCGCCGGUGAACUUGGGCGCCACGUUCCCGGUGACGGGCCCCCGAGGAUGGUGAAUGCAGGCAGCUGCUGACCCUGCCUCCGCCGCUGCUUCUCGGGGGCUGCCGUGUGCUGGGCCCUCAGUCUCCUCCCCUUGCCGGGCUGUGGGUGAACCUGCAAGCUCCUUAACCACCCGGAGGACUUUUUUUUGAAAGGAGACCAGGGAGGGAGGGAGAGGGAGAGAGGGAGAAAACGAAGGGGAGCUCGUCCAUCCACUGAAGCACAGUUCACUAUGAUCUUACUCACAUUCAGCACUGGAAGACGGUUGGAUUUCGUGCAUCAUUCGGGGGUAUUUUUCUUGCAAACCUUGCUUUGGAUUUUAUGUGCUACCGUCUGCGGAACGGAGCAGUAUUUCAAUGUGGAGGUUUGGUUACAAAAGUACGGCUACCUUCCACCAACUGACCCCAGAAUGUCGGUGCUGCGCUCUGCGGAGACCAUGCAGGCCGCCUUAGCUGCCAUGCAGCAGUUCUAUGGCAUUAACAUGACAGGAAAAGUGGACAGAAACACAAUUGACUGGAUGAAGAAGCCUCGAUGUGGCGUACCUGACCAGACAAGAGGUAGCUCCAAAUUUAAUAUUCGUCGAAAGCGAUAUGCAUUAACAGGACAGAAGUGGCAGCACAAACACAUCACUUACAGUAUAAAGAACGUCACUCCAAAAGUUGGAGACCCUGAAACCCGGAAAGCUAUUCGCCGUGCCUUUGAUGUGUGGCAGAAUGUGACUCCUCUGACAUUUGAAGAAGUUCCUUACAGUGAAUUAGAAAAUGGCAAACGCGAUGUGGAUAUAACCAUCAUUUUCGCCUCUGGUUUUCAUGGAGACAGUUCUCCCUUUGAUGGAGAGGGAGGGUUUUUGGCACAUGCCUACUUCCCUGGACCAGGAAUUGGGGGAGAUACUCAUUUUGACUCAGAUGAGCCAUGGACACUAGGAAAUCCUAAUCAUGAUGGAAAUGACUUAUUUCUUGUAGCAGUUCAUGAACUGGGACAUGCUCUGGGAUUAGAGCAUUCCAAUGACCCCACUGCCAUCAUGGCCCCAUUUUACCAGUACAUGGAAACUGACAACUUCAAACUACCUAAUGAUGAUUUGCAAGGCAUCCAGAAGAUUUAUGGUCCACCUGACAAGAUUCCUCCACCAACAAGACCUCUACCGACAGUGCCCCCACACCGGUCCAUUCCUCCGGCUGACCCGAGGAAGAAUGACAGGCCCAAACCUCCCAGGCCUCCCACUGGCAGACCUUCCUAUCCCGGAGCCAAACCCAACAUCUGCGAUGGGAACUUUAACACUCUAGCUAUUCUUCGCCGUGAGAUGUUUGUUUUCAAGGACCAGUGGUUUUGGCGAGUGAGAAACAACAGAGUGAUGGAUGGGUACCCCAUGCAAAUUACUUACUUCUGGCGGGGCUUGCCUCCUAGUAUCGAUGCAGUUUAUGAAAACAGUGAUGGGAAUUUUGUCUUCUUUAAAGGUAACAAAUAUUGGGUGUUUAAGGAUACAACCCUACAACCCGGCUAUCCUCAUGACUUGAUUACUCUUGGGAGUGGAACUCCCCCGCAUGGAAUUGAUUCAGCCAUUUGGUGGGAAGACGUUGGGAAAACCUAUUUCUUCAAGGGGGACAGAUAUUGGAGAUAUAGUGAAGAAAUGAAGACCAUGGAUCCUGGCUAUCCCAAACCAAUCACCGUCUGGAAAGGUAUCCCUGAAUCUCCUCAGGGAGCCUUUGUGCACAAAGAAAAUGGCUUUACGUAUUUCUACAAAGGGAAGGAGUACUGGAAAUUCAACAACCAGAUACUCAAAGUAGAACCUGGAUAUCCCAGAUCCAUCCUCAAGGAUUUUAUGGGCUGUGAUGGACCAACAGACAGAGAUAAAGAAGGACACAGCCCACCAGACGAUGUAGACAUUGUCAUCAAACUGGACAACACAGCCAGCACUGUGAAAGCCAUAGCUAUUGUCAUUCCCUGCAUCUUGGCCUUAUGUCUCCUUGUAUUGGUUUACACUGUGUUCCAGUUCAAGAGGAAAGGAACACCCCGCCACAUACUGUACUGUAAACGCUCUAUGCAAGAGUGGGUGUGAUGUAGGGUUUUUUUUUUUCUUUCUUUCUUUUCCAGGAGUUUGUGGUAACUUGAGAUUCAAGACAAGAGCUGUUAUGCUGUUUCCUAGCUAGGAGCAGGCUUGUGGCAGCCUGAUUCAGGGCUGACCUUUCAAACCCAGAGGGUUGCUGGUCCUGCACAUGAGUGGAAAUACACUCAUGGGGAAGCUUCCAUGAUGCACAGUAUCUGCCGUUCUUCAGUCCUUUGUCUUUCUUUGUCAUUCAGUUCUAGGCCUUUCCUCUGCACGCUCAAUGCCCAGUAAAUUUUCAGGAUUAACUAAAGAAGAGGAAAAAAAGAAGAAAAGAUUCUUCUUAAAGGUUUCUAAUAUUAUUUUCCUUCUGAAGUCUGAGCCCAUAUCUGGGGGAAAAAAAAAAAGCAAAAUGGAAAACCCAUGAAUUUUGCUUUAAAGCAAAGAAAAAAAAAAGUUAAACAAAAAACCCACAAUUGAACUUUCAGGAAAGUGUGAAGACCCAAAACAGCUUUGUCUCCAAAGAAGAUAGCUCUCUGACUGCUAUGGAUAGUCUCCUACACUUCAUUUUUGUCAGGUGGGAGAUCUGGAAAAUACAUGCAGGACUUUAGACUGUUGGGACAGCCAUUUUCCAACAAACAAGGGGCCAAAAUAUCUGCAAUAUAGUAACAGCCUUAAUAAUAAUACAUCCAUUUUUCGUUUUAUACAGCUGUUCUCAGCUAUGUCCUCAAUGUUUCAUCACAUUUAUACUCAUAGCUAUAUUCAAACAGGACCUUUUGAUUGUUUUUGAAGUGUUUCUAAUCCCCUUCCUGCCACCCGACCCCUGCAUCAUUGUGAUAAUCUCCCCAAGUUGUAUUAGGCCAUUGCCCCAGGCCUUCCAUGGGUCUGUCAGAAAUAUUCAUUAUAAGCGGAGCAAGAAGCAGUAUGUCUCCAAAGUGGUUUAAAGUGACAGUUAUUUUACAAGGAUAUGUGACACUAGUAAUACAUUGGUGUAACCCUUUGAGAACUAUCAGAUCAGCUUUCAGAGUCUUAGGCUUGUCAGUCUUGCUGUCUGGUAACUUACAGAACUGGGCAAUGGUAAACACAGGCACAGGUUCAAGAAGUUCAGGUUUUUAAAAAAGAUAUCCUAUAACCCCAUGUAAUUUUUAAGAGAUUUACGGUACUACAUAAAUGCAUUUAUAGCAAACAGAAAUGAUGUUCCUUGCCAAAAAAUUUUCUGGCAAAUAAAAAGAUAUUUUAUUAAGAAAAUAUAAGAGUGAAAUUUUAUUCAAAGAAGUGAUUAUGAUAGCCUAAGUCUUUUUUUUUAUUUUUCUUAGACAUGUUGAAUUUCUGUUUUAAGGUCCAUUGCAUGAAAAUUCAAUUUGCCUUGGUACAUGCAGUUAGCAUUGCCAUUUUACAAAUUAUUUAAAAUGAUGACUCUGAGAUUGCAUGAAUAUCUCUAGUACAUUACCUAUUGCAUGUCAACCAUAGUUCUCAAAGGGUUAGUGUGGCUUCUGGCAUUUAGCCAUCCAUUUGAUCACUGACAGAGCCAAGAGACCACCAAAGCAUUUCAUUGUUGAGUGUAAUUUGUCCUAACAGCAGUAUUGUCAUUUUCAUGUGACCUGCAGAGCAGGUUUGUAUCAAUAUUUUUUUCCUAGAGAAAAGUCAGCAACUGACAGACCUCUUUAUUGAUUUUUAGGAGCUGCUUCUUGCAGUGAAAGGCUUUACAGCCACUGGGCUGUGAACUUAUUAGAGAUGGUCAGAACGAACGCACCCCAUGAGUCAGACAUUGGCUUUGUGUGAAAGCCAGCUUUUGAGGGGAUUAGCUUUUGAAACAAUGAACAGCUUGCCUUGAACUUGAUUAUUGAUCUGUUGACUGUCAUUAACAACAACUUAAACAUUGUCUUCUGUGAAAAUUUUCCUUGAAGAGUCCUGUUUUAUGUCUUUGCCCUUUGACCUUUAACUUGCAAACUGGCACAAACUGAAGGAAAUCUGGUAUUGCUUCUCCUUUGGAGUGUUAAUUGUACUCUAAAACCCUAGUAAGCAUGAGCUGUUUCCUUAGAGUAGAGAGAGAGAGAGAAAGAGUGUCGACGGUGGUUCUGCAGAUGGACACUUUGCAAUUUACAUGCACACUCGAAAAAUGCCCUGUAGGUAGAAGUGACUUUUAAUUUUCCUUUAAUAUAAUUUCAAGUCUAAAUUCAUCAUUUUAGGUACAAAUAUAAAACUAUAGGGGAUAAACAACAACAACAAAAAACUCUCAAAAUACUUGAAUGGCCAGUGUGGCUUUUAUAUAAAGCAAGAAUUUUAUACUAGUGAAAAUUUCUUACUCAUUUGCUAAUAAUACAUAUUUCCAGAUGAUUUUUAAUGAGUGUAGGUACACACAUUCUUAUUUGGAAAUGGAUAGUUUGGCUGCCUUGAAUUUCUAUUUAUAUUCACCAUAGCAUGAAAAUUAGAAUGUCUUUCGGUUAAACAACAUGUUUAUGAUUUGGUUUGGGAAAAUAUUUUGUAAUCCUGGGUGGCAUGUUACAGAGCCUUGCAGGUUGUUAUUUCUUACAACCUGAACAUGUGUAACGUAAGGCUAAGAAAAAAGAACAGUUAAAAAAGAGGAAUGGCUUUACAGUAAAACAGUAUGUAAUGCAAACUGUAUUUUGACAGGAUAUCAGAGAUUAUGUACAUGAGGGCCAAGAAAGCAUGGGGAGAGGACCAAAAUCAGGCCUGUAGCUUCACUUCAGUGCUUCCAUUCCAGAUGAUGCUGAUAUUAUAAAGAGUUAGUCACUUAUAUUGAGCAUAGAGGACUAUCUACAUAAGCUCAUUGAUAUAGUGUUUGCUUAUGAGAGGGUUUAAUCCUUUUAGGACCUUGAUGUCAAGAAAAAAGAUGACUGGAAAUUGUAUUUUGCUAAACGUAGAAAUGAGGACUAAGUCAGUUGGGGACGUGAGUAAAUCAUUGAGGAAUUCCAUCAACCUGCAUUGAACAUUGAUUUUUUUUUUCUAAAAUGAGAAAGAAACUGAAGAAACAAUCUUUUGCCUCUUUACUCAUUUGUCACAGUAUCCUGAUCCAUCAGAAGACUAUAAGUAUCUAAGGGCUAGAAAAUAACCAUAGCAUUAAGAAAGGAAGGACUCUGACAUUAUGCUUGAAUUCUAGGAAUGUCAUGGCUAAGUGCUGGGUCAUAUUUACUUCAAUGUGAGAUGAGAUUUGUGUGAUAAGAAAAAAACAUAUACAGCUUCUGUCUUUACUAGAACAGUUACAAUUUCAGGUGUGAGACUACAAGAGAUGAGAAAAUAUUAAGCUCAAUAUAACCACAAACCUCACGAUUCUAUUUGUUUAUCGUACACAGGGCACUUUGUGAGAAUGGUUGCUGACUCUUCUAACAUUUGGGGUUUGGAAAAAAAUCUCGAUCUUCUUGGAAUAGUGAAAGAGAGAGCGACCAAUUAGUCUAGCACAUAAGAACAGUGAUUCAAAAACAUCGUGGAAUAAAUUUCCAUGGGUCAACAACAUAAUGUACCAGUUCAGUAUCAAUAGAAACAUGCAAUCUAUGAAAUAUUUUUCAUCAGACCAUCACUAAUAGCAUGGAAAGUUCUAACUUCGGGUUUCUCAAAUUGCAAUCAAAACACAUUCAUGAUCACAAAACACAAUUCUCCUUCUGUUUGAUUAUUUCUCAAUACUUUAACAUAGACACAAAUGUAAACAAGGUAAUGUUCCUUACAUAAAUGAACUAUAUAGUUUAUGAUUUUAGCCAAAUAUUAUUGUUCUGUAUAUUAUUAACUGGACUGAAAUGAAGUAUUAAAAUAGUCAAUCAGACUGUAUUCCCUGUAAAGCAGUAAAUCCACAUCAGACCAUAGAGGAGGUUGUGAAUUUAACUAUCAACCCCUUUUAGAACAAAGUGUCUACUGACAUGGCAAUCAGAACAGGUGAAUACAGAGACUCUUUACAACUGCAGAGAUACCAUAGAUAAAUUAGAGAACAUUAUAUGAUACUAGCAAAGACAACUUCUGUUAUAAAUCAGAGGGCAAGGCUUUUCUGAAUCAGAUGUAAUAAAUUACUAAGUAAUAAUUUACAGAAAAUAAUUACUAAGUAAUAAAGGAUAGAGACUGAUUUACUGAAAUAAGCAAGUGUUACUUUUACUAGUCAGAUUGCUUGUGAUCUUUUUCUAUUGACACAAUUGGUUUCAUAUACGGUAAUCUUAUUUUUAUUCCCUUUCUGUGGGUGAUUAAAAACUCAGUGUGGUGGAUGAGAACAUUGCCGAACUUCACCGGUAGUUCCAAUAUGUGGAUGAUGUGUAUAUACUGGAUCCUAGGUAUAGUAAUAUAAUAUUUCCAAGUUCUGCAUAUUAUGCUGAUAUCUCUAGUAUGAUACAAAUACAUGCCCACACUUUGUGAAUCUUACAGUAGAAUAACAAAUGUGUCCAUAUUGACUAAAUUCAAUGUGCUGAUGAGAAAUGGAUGUUAUAAUCAAGUAGACUGAGUUAACACAAGAGUCAUGAAAAGAUCUUUUUUUUUUUUUUAAGUUUUGGAAUUAUUUCCAGAAACUAAUAAAGGCGGUGAUUUACAGAUAGUAUUGAGUCUGUGAGAUUGUAACAUAUACUGAAACAACCUCGUGGAUGGUGGUGAAAUCUUUUUCAGUAAAACAUAGCAAAGAGUUCAUUUAAUUUUUGAUGCUCUCAGGAGCACAUUCCAAAAUAUCACAGAUGUCAAACGGAACAUGCCGUCUGAAGCAAAAAUGUUAAAUUCAGAUAAGCUAUUUAUAAAUAGCUGUAAAUACAAUCUCAGCCAAUAUAUGAUAUCGCAGAAGGUUUAAAGUCGAUAAUAGAGGGUCUAACCAUUUCAUUACAUUUCAUGCACCUUCCUGAUACUGACUUAUUGUGACCACAGUUUAUAACUGGCAGAGGAUAUGUAUCUAUGUUUUAGGUUACCUGUUGCCUAAGAGGAAAUCAUAGCUACAUCAGAAAAGUUUUAUAAGUUAUAUUUUAAAAAUUAGUACUUUAUAUAAUAAAGAAAACCGCAACCGGACAUAGCACCACACCAUAAAUAUUAAAAUUUAAUAUUAUAUAUAUAUUAAAUAUAAUGAAAGUGGAGGAAAAGGAAAAAUGAGUGUUUUGUAAGAUAUAAAAACAUACUAUAGCACUCCUUAAUACAACUGGAAAUCUUACUUUAGCAAGUAUUAGAACUAGAGAAAAAUGCAACUUCAAGCUCUCCAUACUAGUCAUGGGUAUGUGACAUAUCAAUGUAUAUAAUUAACCAGUGGUCUUUAGAUGUUACCCUGCAUAAACACAUCUCAUACUAAUGCACUGCCUUAUAGGCUAAAAAUGUCAAAAGUUAGGUGUUCGGUAACCUCAAUUGGAAAGAUUUAGAAUGUUAGAAUCUCCUGAGAAAAGCCACUUUUCUAGGAUAGACAUUUACCUCAGUAAUCGUAUAACACAAACACUUGGCAUAGUAGCAAAGAGCUUGCCUUUGUGUUCUAAUCGUACCCUUUGUCUUUCUGUCCUACUCAAAUGAUUUUUUGCUUCCACUGGUGUCAUUUUGAAAUGAUUCAGAGAUAUUUCAGGUCAAUUGAAUAACAGUUACAAAUAUCUCUUUCAAUAUGUUAUACGUAUGUCUACUUUGAAAUUUAAACCAAUAGUAUCUAAAGCCUAAGAGUGAACGCUGAUCUGAACAAACGCUGACAAAUUCACAGACAUUGGGUGGAAGAUAGAUAUUGUAAAAUUUGUCAAUUUUCUGGCGGAAUACUAAAGUAGCAGCCUUCAAUUUUUAAACAAUUUGUGAGCUUAUAAAUGGACAGAGACAUGCAUCUUCUGUUUCGAACAAUGCUAAUUCUUUAUAUGGAGUAAGGGUAUAAGAUCAUGAGUGCUGUAACAAAGCACAUCACAGACACUCAAAACUAAGCUCUUUAAGGAAAAUGAGGGCAUACCCAGUUAAUUCAUGGUCAGUGCAUAAGAAUAAAAAACAUACGAAGGAUAUUUAUUUAUGAAGCUUUCUGAAGAUUCUAUGCCUUUUCAAUUUAAAGAGCAGUGUGUCUUAAAAUUUAUCUUAUGUUAACAUUGGACUGGCGAUAAUAUUCAAGUUUUCACUCAGUGUGUCUUUACAUUCAAGGGCACACUGGGCAUCGUAGGACAAAUACAUCAUAAACUAGAAUGUUGUGCUGAUUACAUAACGUUGCCAUGUGCUCUUCUAUAGAGCUGGAUUUAUAUGCCCUUAAGAAGGGAGACGAAAAUCAGUUAAAUAGAAAAAUGACCAUACGAUAAUUGUAUCAUGUGAGGCCACUUAGCUUCAGAGCAAGAUGUUAUUAACCCUCAUUUCCACGUAGAAAAACCGGAAGAAGAGAAUGGUGAACAUGAAUAAAAUGAUUAACUUUUGACUUAUGAA